AUGAACUUCUUUUCUAUAGUACAUUGUCGAAGGAGGAAAAUACGGUGCCUGCUUGCGCCCGACGACACCCAGGGCCGAUGUGAAAACUGUAUCCGACUGAAGAAAGAAUGUCAUUUCUACCCAGUGGACCAACAACCAGCAGUAGACAAGAGAGGGCGCCCCAUAUCGAAACCCGAGACUGCGGGAUCUGAUGCAUCCCUUACCACUACACCUCCUCUGCUGGGCAGUGGAACAGUGAUGGAGCAGAAGGAGUCCUAUUUUACAUACCCAAACAUGGGUAUCUCUUCAGGUCAAGAUAUAUCGGCCUAUAAUUCUGUCGCCUACCCUGGAACGCCUGUGGCAGCAUACACACCAGAUCCGUUAGCUGCACCCGAGCUGGGUGCGAUACCAAACGCAGCACAAGCCGUACCGGCCUGGAAUGAACCUAUCUACGAGCCCCAGGUAUCUGGAAUGGUUUUAAGGCCUUCUCCUGGGGCGGUUGUGCCGCCGGGUGCCAUGCCCCAUCCAUCAACUGGCCCAAUGGCAGUGACUCCAGACGCUACCGGUAUUCUUCCAGUCAACAUGUCCACAGCUGGAUUUGGCGCCUCUCCUCAUGAUAGCACAGCAUGGAGCGGUCAAAUAUCAAGGUCUAUGAGUUUAUCCGCGAGACCGGGAGUGCCGUCACCCAUACCACAAGCAUAUCCUAGCCAGUACCACCCAUCACCACCGAUCAACCCGGAAUUUAAACGUCGGAUGACCACACCGGCCGAAUCUUACUCUGGUCUAGGGCACGUCCCUAGCGUACCCCAGCUCCCAUCUACGCCUGUGCCUGUAUCAUAUGAUGAAGCCCAGAUACCGUUCACCACCUACAACAUACCUGGAGCCAUUUCUGGACAGGUAAUAGUUGGCUCUGCCGCAGAUCCAAUGUCCCUUUCAGAGUGGUAUUCUCCAGAUUCACUACAAGCACACCAGCAAGGCUUUAUUCCUGACCAACAAAACUUGAUGCAUCGACCACCCGGCUAG